AUGCCAGGGACUCUCUCGAUGCCCCUCAGAUGGCUCAGCAGUCAAAUACCAGAGCUUCUUGAAGCCAGUCUCACAGCCUCCAUCCUUCCACCAGGGCCAGCUCUAGAGUGGGGAGGGUUCUCUCAGAUGACAAGCAGCGAUGACAAGUAUAGGAAGAAACUGUCCAUCGGUACUUCCCAACCUGAGACUUCAUCAUCCCAUUUAACUACAACAAUGCUGUUCAACAGAAGGAGUGAAGGCAGCAGAAUGAGCUGCAGCCAGUAUGUCAUGAGCCUGAGGGGCAAGCCACAGUUCAUGAGCAGCAGAGGCAGAAAGCUAUGCAGUAUGAUGAGCACCAUAGAAACGAGCAGCAAGAAGUCAAAAGGGUCCAACUGGAAGCAGCCAACAUUGGAGACUGGUAUAGAAUAUGGCCUGAGGUCACAAGCAUUCUCACUCCCAUAUGAGCUGACCCUUUCACCUCUGCCUCCAUCUUUUGAGAACCUAGCACCUCAAGCAGUGGAAUACUGGAAUACUGGGCUGAUGGCACCUGAACCAGAUGAAACCCAAGACCCCCAACCCUCCAGUACCCUCUUUCAUUAUGAACCUCCAGCGCAGACUCCAUCUUCAGGAGUGAUGAGUCUGUUCUUGAGCACUACAGACUAUGGGUUCCCAGAAAUGCUCACAUUCCUGCUUGCACUCUCUGAGGUUUUCUCGAAAGUAGGGUUGUCAGGCAGCUUAUCGAUGAUGACUACCAGCACAAUAGUGGAGGUGACAAGAGCAACUGGGGGAAACUGGUAUAACUCCAGCAUUGGGAGCUGCCCAGCCACCACCUAUGAAAACCCCUUAGUCGUUGGCCUGAAGGUCAGGGAGAGUAUUUAUGACCAGCCUGCUGGUUCCCUCCUUGAGAAGGACGAUGAGGAUGAGGAAGAAGAAACGGAGAGUAGCAACCCCCCUAGGGGUCCACCAUAUGACUCGCAGGAGAAGACAGAUGAAGAAGAAGUGAACAGGUUGGCCUGA